GGAUUUGAUUGGCUGAGCCGUGGAAAUGGCGGCUGUGGCUGAGAGGGAGAAGAGAAAGCCGCGGUGGGGUCUGACAGACGUUCACGAUCUCGGGCUUUGGUUUCCUCCUUGCGCUCCGAGCUGAAGAAGUUUUCACAUCUUAUUCUGCUGCGCUCCUUGGCUGUCGCACCCUCUCGGCCCGUUGCUGCCGCCGGAGACCACUUGAAGGGCACGGCUAGGAUGGAGAGUCCGGGCCUGGGGGACUGCCGAGCUGUCCCCUCGGUCACCUCCAGUGAGCGCUUAGCCCCAGACUGGCCUUGUGACCUCCGUGAGGAAGAUGUUUCUCUGGGAUCCGAAAGAGUGAAAGAAGAUGAAAAGCAAAUGGUGAUAAAAAGCAGCAGUGAGUGUAAUCCCCUGCUGCAAGAAUCCAUUGCUUCUGAUCAUGUUGGCAGUGCUACAGCGACAGAAUGCCAUAAGUCUGUCCCAUGCGGCUGGGAAAGAGUUGUGAAGCAAAGGUUGUCAGGGAAAACAGCAGGAAGAUAUGAUAUAUAUUUUAUCAGCCCACAAGGACUGAAGUUUAGAUCCAAAAGUUCACUUGCUAAAUAUCUUCACAAAAAUGGAGAGACUUCUCUUACACCAGAAGAUUUUGAUUUUACUGUACCUCCUAAAAGGGGCAUCACGUCCAGACAUAAAGAUUACAACAUAGCACCUUUGACAUCCCAAAUGCAUAAUGAAGGGAACAGUUCAAACCGGAACCUCAGGACACGAAGCCGGGGGAAAAAAGGUGUCUUUCCCCUGCCAAGUGGUACUUCAGAAUUGCAAAACAGCACAGGACCAUCUCACUUUAAAGAAGAUGAGGGUGUUAAUGAUGUUGACCCCAGAAAGGUUAGCAAGUCCAAAGGAAAGGUGAUGAUUUUAAAAGGAAUUCAAAUUAAGAAAACUAAAAUAGGGUGCCAGAAGGGUCUUCCCAAGUCUGCUCAAAGUAACAAGAAAAGAGAAUCUGAAUAUAAUAAGGCAGAUGCUGAAAGUGAACCUGUUGAGCAAGGAAGUCAGCUUGAUAGAAUUUUCUCCAUUUCGGAUGCCGGAGCAAGCAACAAGACCCUCAGUGUGACCAAUGAAGAAAAGAGACUUAUGAAAGAAACAUCACUGAGUUCGGGAUCACACUUGUGUUUUGAACAAAUACCUUCUGGCAUCAUAAACAAACUGCGUUCAACCGAAGAAGCAGAACAGAGCAACAAGUGUGAGGAAACCUUUUUAGAAUCUGAGGAAAUAAGAACAAAAGUAGAAGCCGGGGAGAGGAAGGAACAUUUGCAUACUGACGGCUCUGAAAUGGAUGACAACUGCUCACAGAUGGAGAAAGACUCUAGUUCUGUGAAAAUAUGUCAAGAAGAUACCAUGCCGCGGACACAAGUAGAAAAAAGGAAAACAAGCCUAUAUUUUUCCAGCAAAUAUAACAAAGAAGCCCUUAGCCCCCCACGACGCAAAGCCUUUAAGAAGUGGACACCUCCUCGGUCACCUUUUAACCUCGUCCAAGAAACACUUUUCCACGACCCAUGGAAGCUCCUCAUUGCUACUAUAUUUCUCAAUAGGACCUCAGGUAAAAUGGCAAUCCCUGUGCUCUGGGAGUUUCUAGAGAAGUACCCUUCAGCUGAGGUAGCAAGAACCGCAGACUGGAGAGAUGUGUCAGAACUUCUUAAACCUCUUGGUCUCUAUGAUCUUCGAGCAAAAACCAUUAUCAAGUUCUCAGAUGAAUAUCUGACAAAGCAGUGGAGGUACCCGAUCGAGCUCCAUGGGAUUGGCAAAUAUGGCAACGACUCUUACCGAAUUUUUUGCGUCAAUGAGUGGAAGCAGGUGCACCCUGAAGACCAUAAGUUAAAUAAAUAUCAUGACUGGCUUUGGGAAAAUCAUGAAAAAUUAAGUCUGUCCUAAAAUUCUUUGAAGUUUUCAAACUCAGUUUUUAUACCUUACUUUGCACUUGAUUGUUAAGAGCUCCAUUAAGCACAGGCAUAUAGAUUUUAAUUAGUCCAACUAGAAACAUGACGUAGGUUUUCUUAAUGUGUGUAACACUGGUAGAUCUUUGCCACUGAACGUACUAGAACAUGUUUGAGAUUUUUUUAAAAAAAGUUAUUUGACAAGAAAUCUAAAAAUGUAAAUGACUUUUCCAAUAAUAAAAUGCGAUUUUAAGUGGAAAAAUAACUUUUGUCAAUUCUCAAUAAUACAAAGCAGAUUUCUAUCAAUCUUGCUUAAGGAAAGAUUAGAUUUUCUGUUCUCUUUCCAUAAAAAUGGAAUUACACAGUUAUGUAAGAAGCAGUCCAAGAGUUUGCAGACAAAUAUGUGAGAAAAGAUAUUACAGGGGGUAAUAGGCAGCUAAUAAUAGGCAGUUAAUCAUAUUUUUACUAAAAAAUAGAUAACAGUGUUACUUUUGUCAUCAUGGGUUCUUGAUAACUGCUGGCUUUUAGGAAUUAGAGAUUUGACCCCAGCAUCCAACUGAUAACCUGUGACUGUGUGCCUGCCGCUUCAUUUCAGAGUAUCAGCUUCUGGCUCAUGCACCUGGACCCCACUGUGAAAGCUUUUACGCCUUGUGUCUACGAUUUGUGCCAUUCUUAAUACAGGCAUCGUAAUGUUGUAGCUCAUAUACUGAAACAUUUCCCUUAGGAAGAACUCACCAAGCAACAACAAAGAAAACCCCAAGUGAUUAAGUCUCGAUUACCAAUUGCCAUUUUAAGGUAUAAUUUGAAAACAAAAUUAAUUGAAUAAAUGAAAAAUAAAUUGUUAGGGAAACUGCCUUUGUUGUAGGGUGGAGUAUGCCGCAGGGCUAGUGGUUUGUUUCCACUGUAGUGAGCUAGUUUUUGUUUUGAGAGAGAGGAUUUUGACAAGAUAAUGGGAAAACUGGCCACAUCCCUGCCACCCCCAAAACAUCAACUUUAUGAUGUCCCAUUACAUCUUUAUUUAACAAACCUCAAAGUAGCAUUCACUAAGUGCAAAGCUGUAUGCUGCAGAGGGACACAAAGAUGAAGAGGUUCUGUAGAGGGCUGCCUGGCUGGCUCAGUAGAGCAUGCGAUUCUUGAUCGUGAGGUUGUGAGUUUGAGCC